UACAAGCCGCAACUUGUUCGAUAUGCUCGUGGCACACUAGCGCUUGUGAUGAGUGGUCCGAGUUGAGGGCGGACACUUGUCCCGGCAACGUCAAGUCGGGAUUCGGGAAGUUUUUGUAAAACUCGGGAGCAGUCGAUCCCUAUAGUUCCGAGGCAUUUCUACCCCGAUGGGACACACAUGGCAUUCAGAUGUUUGGGUGUACUUGUCGUGAAUCAACGCCCAUUUCGAGAGCGGAUAAAGAAUCAAGUGACUUGACGUCACUGUUUCACACGCAGCGCGGUCGGCCGGAGCCGUUUAUGAUAGUAAAGAGCAGACGACAUUUCCUGUUGUAAUUUGGCGUCGUCUGCUCCGUGACCAGCUUUAUGUCGGGAAGUCCAGAGGUAUCGUAGAUAAUAGCGCAGACAACAAGACAAAAAGUAACCAAAGAACACAUUGGCUGGGCUCUGGCGUUAGGGGUCGGGGUCACAGUCAGGAUAGACUCAGCGCGUUUGGGAUAAGGGCAGCUGCGAGGAACGGCUGUGGGGCGAGAGCUGUGCAGUUCGUCUGCUGUUGCGCCCUGUCGCGUGAACGCGCGCUCCAGACGGACGCUACAUGUCGUCACGUGAUUUUGCUUUCGCAGCGGGAAUGUCGGUCGUGAUGGCUCGGCCUUGUCCCACAGAAAUUUCGUAACAAUAAGGCCGUCAAGUUGUAACACUGAGUGGAAGUGAAAGUGAACAAUCGCACCGCUUUUGUUUCAAGCGCCAACAAGGAAAGAAGAAAAAAAAGGGCAAGCCGCGUCACGGUGCUCACGUCAAUGAGAUCUGCCAGGGCCGCGACGUGGCAGCAGCUAGCCUUGGCCGCGCCUUCCUCCUAAGCCUAAUGUGAGGAAGGCCAAAGGUCGAAAUGGAUUUUCGGAUUUCAUCGCACAGCCGCCGCGGAUUUCGGGCCUCCGACUUCGCCAUGGAGGCGUUCGCCUUCACCUACAUCUUCGCGCAGUCCACCUCGAUGAGCGUGUACGAGCUGCUGCUGGCGAUCUCGGACUGCGUCUACCGCGGCGACUCCAGCUGGCCAGGCAUCGUCGUCGCCAACUCGACGUGGUCGACGACGAGCUCGACGAAUACCUCCGCGCUGCUCCUGGACGAGUGCGUCGAUGCGUCGAUGAACGUCACUACCAGGACGGAGGACAAACGCGUGCGGGACUUGGUUUUCAGCCUUCCGCUCGUCGAACUGGCCUGCUCUCUGAUCGUCUGCUUGAUGGUGGGCGGCUGGAGCGACGCCCACGGCCGAAAAUUGCACUUCAUACUCGCCAUGACGGGGGCCUUGAUCAAGGACCUGUGCGCGCUGGUCUUCGUGCUCGCCGGAAUGCCCGGACGCAGCGCCAUCUACGGAGUGACUAUUGUGUCGGGGCUCCUGGGGAGCCUCAACCUGUUCACGGCCGGUGCCCUGUGUCACGUGAGCGACAACUCCGACCACAGGAGCCGCACGUUGCGCAUCGGGGCGCUCACGUUCGCGCUCUACGUGGGCCAAUCGGCAUCCGUGUUCGUCGAAAGGCUCUGGAAGCCGCUCGUCGCCUCCGAGUCAUUCGUCCGCAUCGCCGUGUCCGUGGUGGGCGCGCAGCUGGUGCUCGACAUGGUGUGCCUGGUGGGCGUGGCCAUGGGGGUGCGCGAGUCGCUGCGCGUCAUUCCUGGGUACCACGGGAACCCCUUGUGGAACUUUGUGCGCAUGCGCCAGGUCAAGAACGUCGCCAUGUUUGUGGCACGCAGGAGGCCCAACAAGGCCAGGUGCUUCGUACUGGUACUCUGCACCGUGUUCCUGUUGGAACGUUUCGUUUACUGCGGCGAGCAGGAGGUGUGGGCCGAGUAUCUAUUCCGGCGCUUCAGCUGGACCCACCAGGUGUCGCUGAUGCUGGGCCUGCAGUUCGUGUGCGAGGCCACGAUCACGAUGCUCGCCGUGUGGCUGGCGCGCAGCAUGGGCUUCCAGGACUCGUCACUGGCCAUCGCUGGCGCUGUCUCCUUCAUCGGCGCGUCAGCCAUCAAGGCGGUCGCCCUCAGCGGCGGAACGCACGGCGUCGCUGUCAUCGUCGGCUCACUGUCCCCUCUUAUCGCCGUCGCAGUGUUGUCUUUGCUGUCGAAGCUGAUUCACCCUGAGGAAUUCGGCUGCCUGUUCGCCAACGUGGCCGUGCUCAGUAUCGUGGCGCCCCUGGCGGCCAGCGUUGCCUACUGGGAAGUGUUCGCGGCCACAAAGGCCAUGGUCAGCGAGUUCAUCUACCUGCUCUCCAUAUUCGUCGGCACGCUGCUCUGCCUGCUGCUAGUGUACGUCCGCCGAAAUCUGCAUCUCGGAAGCCUGGGAAACAUGAUUCAGGAAGAAAAGGUGCCGCUUCUAAGGCAGCGGGACUUCGGAGCUGCAAUCCUGUGAAGACGCAGGCACUGGCCAAGACGCGUCCACAUCGUGCAUCUGAGAACAGCGUUAUAUGUGUUUACGUGAACAUAAACCAUGUGUGUGCUUGUGCGUGCGCAUACGGUCACUGUGACCGGAACGCUGUGACGGAUCGUUCAGAUUGCUGCAGCUAGCAGAUAAAGACGUUAGAAGCCCAAGUGCUGAGAAGACACACCGCCUGGUCAAGAUGUGCCGACAUCAUGCCUUCUGAGGCGCUGUGCUUGCUGCGCGAACUCAUAGACCACGUGUGUGCUUGUGCGCGUGCGCAUCUGUCACAGGGACGCUGUCAGCGAUGGUUAUGACUGCUGCUAAGAAAGAGAAAGGCAUGAUAAAAGUGCCAAGCAAGCACGUUGUCUUAGCCCAGUGCCAGGAAGGCUGCCGCCCGCAGACACCGGCACAACCUGGGCCAGUCAUGCGAAAUAUCGCGAAAGUUGAAAGUAUUCCCCGAAAGUCAUCUUAAAAAAAUAAAGGCCUUGGAAAGCCGACUCCACUCGACACUCAACCUCAACUCGACUCGACACGACAAUGAUGCAGAUGCUUACGAGUGAAUUCCCAUUUGAAACGAGACUACGUG